UUUUAGCAUUGAAGUUGUGGUGCAUUGAGAAAAACUCCAAAUAAAUCGCAUAAAUAGUGCAUUGUGUGGCAUGGUGGCACCCCCAAUCCUUCCCCAGGGUGUCCAGUAAGGAAUUGGUAGUACAGAUUUUCCGGGAAUUUGGGUAUUUCCACCGGAAGGGGGAAAAGAAAGUUCGUGAUUUGCGGACAAAGCUACACUGUUGGGUGGAGGAAAAUUUUCAACCGAUGACUUUGUAGGCACUGUGUGGCCGGAAGUGGAUUUUUCUGGUUGUAGGAGAUGGGAAAACGAAAGACUGAACGUGUUGUGGGCACGGAAAAAGUCAGGAAGGUGGUGAAAUGUGAGAAAAGUGACGAUGAAGGGAGCACUUCAUCCGCCCUCAGUGAUGACCAUUUUGUUGGCACCAUUUUGGAGGAUAUAAAUAAGAAAAAAUGGAAAAUUGGAAAACCCAUUGAUAAGGGCAGUUUUGGGCAAAUCUAUUUGGCCUCAGACAACACUACAAAGCCCGUAGUGGCUUCAAAGGCAAACUACGUGGUUAAGAUUGAGCCCCACACAAAUGGCCCACUCUUUGUGGAGAUUCACUGCCUAAUGAAUGCUGGCAGGUGCUCCGUUGAGGGUCAAACACUCCCACCCGGAAUGCCAAAAUACAUCGCGUCCGGAUCACACACAUUCGGCCGGCAGCGCUAUCGUUUCCUCAUCCUCGAGCGGUACACCUUCAAUCUCAACUCAAUUGUCCGGGAGCACCAUGUGAUCGAUCAGAAGAACAUCCUCGUGAUUGCCUGCCAAAUCCUCGAUAUUCUGCAGCAUUUACAUGACAACGGGUACGCCCAUUCGGACAUUAAGGCGGAAAAUCUCAUGAUUGGCAAGGAGACAAAGACAAUUCCCGCCACAAAUGGGCUCCGUCGGGGGCGCAAUGAGAAUCACCCCAAUGGCAUGUUCGAGGAUGGCUACAGCAAUCACAUCCCGGGGAAGUUUGUGCGGCGCGCAGAGAAGAUCACGUACAAUAGGCUCUGGCAUCGCCUGCGACCGCUCAAGACGAUAAAUUACUGCGUAGAUGACACAGAUUCGGAUUCAGCAUCAAACUACAGUGAUGACUUUGACGAAGAGACCCAGUGGGAGGUUAAGCCGAAGGCACGAGCUGUAGCCCAGAAAACGGUGACUGUUGACCGUAUUUAUCUCAUUGAUUUUGGGCUGGCGUCCAAAUUUGUGGACUCUCAGGGGGUCCAUAGGCCAUUCUGCAUUGAUCAGCGUCGUGCGCACGAUGGGACGCUCGAAUUCACGUCACGCGACGCCCACUUAGGCGCCCAUUCACGUCGCAGUGAUCUUGAAUGCCUCGGCUACAAUCUCGUGUACUGGAGCGAGGGCUUCCUGCCGUGGAAGUUGGAUAGUGAGGUGAUAAAUCAGCAGCAAAAUCUCGAGCGUGUUCAUCACAUGAAGGAGCAUUUCAUGAUGGAUGUUGUAGCAAUGCUGGAACAUGUCUAUGGGAAGGGUGUGCCCAAAUAUUUGGGUACUUACUUAACAUACGUGAAUAAUCUCACGUACUGCGAGGAGCCCGACUAUGCGUACUGCCGGAAGAUCUUUGUUGAUGAAUUCCGGCGUCUCGGUGGUGGCAACACGGAGGAGGACAUGCAGCUGAAUCUCAGUGAGAUGCGCUCCAACAAGGCGUACGAGGGGCAACGCAUGUCAAAAGCCAUUGAGGCAAAAAUUCGUGAUUACAAGCAGAGACAGGAGAAUGGACUGAAGGAGACACCGUCGGUGCAUCUGAAGAAUCUCCGCUCGAAGAAGGUCACAAAUGGUGAGAAGCACCCCAAAGCGUCCGCAUGGACGGAUAUUGUGAACACAGAUCCGGAUCUUGUGGUGAAGGAUCGAACAGAUCGGGAAUUUAGCUUGAUUGAGGAUCUCGAUACGCCGGUUGUGAACAAAUACCGCGGACGUCCCACCUAUGCCAUCCUCGAGAUGGAACGACGAAUCCUCGAGAAGAGUCUCUGUGCUGAUACGCCCAAUACGGCGGCUGUGUGUGCAUCAGCACAGCGCACAAAGCGUCCCGUGGAGGCUGCAAAGCCAACAUCAACGGCGACGGCGGCAGCGGCUGUUGUACAGCAAUCGCCGGCGGCUGUGCGUGUGCAUCGCCGCAAAUCCGGACUGAGGGCAGUGAUAAAGCCAACGCGAAAGAGCUUGCUGUCUGGCACGAAGGUGACAAAGAAGCGCGAGAAGAGGCAGAAAAAGAAAUUAAUGCGACUGAUUAAUGCCGAUGGGGGGAAGGUGGCUAAGCGACCUGCCACACGGAGUAUCCUCAAGAAGAUGGAAGAUCUCAUUGAUGUCAAAGGUACAAGCUCGGAGAAGAGACCAACAUUUCGUGGAUAAAAUCAUGAAGAAGAGCCACAAAAUUAAUUAAAAAAAAUACAUUUUAGUGGAAAAAAAAUUUUAAAAAACUUUUAGUAAGAAAAUGUUUUAGAAAUUAAUGAAAAAAAAAAAUGGAGAGAAUUUGACGUGCGAAAGACAUUUAAAAAAAAAAGUGUGUAGAAUCUUCACCUUUUAGCUCCCUCCCUGCCCAUCAUUAAAUACAUUUUACAUGUAAUUUUCAUUCCUCACAAUAUCUUAUUAAAUAUAGGAAAAAAUAUACAUAUAUAAUCUCACAAAAAAAUGAAAAAUAAAGAAAGUUUUUCAGGAAGGAGAAAGAAGAAUUCUCAAUUCCUGAAGAGCAGCAAGUUUAGAGAGAGAAAGAGAAGGAGUUUCAGCAAGAAAUAAUUCUUAAUUAAUUAAAAAAUGGAAAGCUUUAUUGUGAACGUUUUUAUUUUGAGAGAAAAAAAAGAAAAAAGCAGUGAAUUUUUUUUUAAA